AUGUUGUCCAAAUCGCUUCUCGCAGUUGCAGCCCUCGCCGCAGGCGCAAACGCUCACUUCCGCCUCCUCGCACCCACAUGGCGCGGUAGCUCCUUUGAAGAGCCAGCUAGCCAAUGGAUCUACCCGUGCGCCAAUGUAAAUGAGACGACCGAUAUGGCGAACCGAACCGUCUGGCCCCCCAGCGGCGGCUCCACAAUCAUCAACGGCUCCCACACAUCCGCCCUCACAGCUGUAAACCUAGCCCUAGGCUCCAACGCCACAAACUUCAACAUUACACUUCUGGAAAUGUUCAACCAAACUGGCGCCGGCGUCUUCUGCAUGAAAGAGACUGGACGGGCGAAUUUGGAAGAAGGAUUCAAAGCAGCUGGUUAUUCGGGAUUGGAUGACGAGAGAAUCAACGGGUUGAUGGCAACGGUUCAGGUGAUUCAAUUGGGCCACAGUGGAAGUGCGCUUUAUAACUGCGCGGAUAUCAUGUUCAACUCCACUGCUGAGCUGCUCUCGGACGACCAGUGCCAGAAUGGAACGGGUGUGUCUGGAGUCGAGAUUGAGAAUGCUGCGACUGAGACGGCAGACGGUAACUCGACGGAAGCUUCAUCUACCCCUACCGGUGCGGCGGGUAGGCUCAGUCCUUUUGUAGGAAGUGGGUUGCUGGCUGCGGUUCUGGCUUGGGGACUGUUGUAG